AGAGACGCAAACGCAACUUGGACGGGAUGUUUUUGCCGAUCGCUGGCGAAGUGUCGCGGCGAUUCUCGCGCGGCCACCUUUUCACUAUCUCGCGCUGGUGUUAGUGUGGUGGUAAACGAAAAAAAAAAAUGCUUUUUCCACCUACUGGGGUAUAAAACCGAUUGUAAACUUACCUUUUAAUACAGUUUUCUUAGAGGUUUCGUGGCGUGCACAUUUCGGUGAAGUAUCCUUAGAAGUUGAGUGUGCAAAGGAUAUCUAUCCGUUGCCUGUUAUUAAUUAGCAAGUGCGCAGAGUGUUGUCUGGUGAACACCGAUUAGUGUGUUGUUUCGAACUGUUUAACAAUCACUGCAAAAAGGACGUUGUGGUUUGAUAGCGGAAGCGAAGAGAAAUUGUGUGAAGAUGAAGUAUAGUAUAGUUUUCGUGUUCGCUUUGUUUGGAGCCGCGCUGGCCCAGGAAAGCUUCAAAUGCCCGGACGAUAUCGGCUUCUACCCACAUCACACAUCCUGCGACAAAUACUGGAAAUGUGACGAUAACGUGGCCGAGCUGAAAACCUGCGGAAAUGGUUUGGGCUUCGAUGCAACAGAUUCCAAAUACCUGGCAGAGAACUGUGAUUAUUUGCAUAACGUGGACUGUGGUGACCGCACACAGCUAGAACCACCAGUCUCAACUCCCCAUUGCGAGCGCUUGUACGGUAUCUUCGCUGAUCCAGGCAAUUGUGCCGUGUUCUGGAACUGCUGGAAUGGUGAAGCCUCCCGCUACCAGUGCGCUCCUGGUUUGGCGUACGACCGGGAAGCUCGUGUCUGUAUGUGGGCCGAUCAGGUACCUGAGUGCAGAAACGAAGAGGUGGCUAACGGAUUCAAUUGUCCGGCUGCCGGCGAAAUCUCCAACGCAGGAUCGUUUUCGCGACACGCACACCCAGAGGAUUGCCGAAAAUACUACAUCUGUCUGGAAGGAGUGGCCCGUGAAUACGGCUGCCCGAUCGGAACAGUGUUCAAAAUCGGAGAUGCUGAGGGUACCGGAAACUGCGAAGACCCAGAAGACGUUCCCGGAUGUGAAGACUACUACGGUGAUUUGGACUUGAAAAGCAUCCGUAAGAGUGAACUCCUCGCCGGUCUAGUCCAGACAAACUCUGGUGCGAAAGCUAACGUUAAAUCAAAUCGUCCAGCCGCAAAGGAGAACUAAAUCUAGCUAGUAACACAGAAAACAAACCAGAAUCCAAACUAUAAAAAAAAAAAUAAUCGCGAAUGUACUUCUGGAAGACCUUGAGACCUAGACACCAAGACGCUAGGGACUGCAGCGGAGCUAGUUUCUAAGAAGUAGCGUUUUCAUUCUGGAAGAUCCUCCGAUGAACAUCCUGACCGCCGGAGGAUAAGAGACUGUUAUUAAAGUAAAGAAUUUAGAUAAGUGAUAGUCAGCGAGGAAUACUCAAAUUUGCUAAAAAUUUCUAAGAAAACUUCGAAAUAUCUAAGCAGCCAUUUUACUACAGUUCGUCGAUUUUAAACCCCCUAGGAAAUUGAAGCUUUGCUAGAUCAGUGAACACAGUUUUUAAUUAUUUAUUUUCGUUCCUCUUAGUUAAGAUGACGUAAAUGCACCAACCCUUUGAAACGGUAUUCUUGAGAUAGUCUAGAGAAACACUUUGUACCGCAUUCUGCCACACUGACAACUCUAUUGUACGAUUACCCCGACUGGGGGCGCAUUCCCUGAAGCAGAUCAAGAUAAAAACUUUUCUGUAGAAAAGAGAUUUCAUUUGUAUGUAAAAAUUGGAAAAUUCAAAGCCUUAUACCGAGGGAAACCUAAGAGAAAAAAAAACAAUUGAAAAAUAAAAAAACUAGAAAAAAAUCACGUA